AUGUCGAAACCACUGUCUUACCAAAGUGCACGAUGCGUUUUGCAAUAUUUCGAUUCAACUGAAAGAUUUCUCUUGAAGUCACGCUGCCCGACUAUCAAGCAAUUCGAAAAAUCCAUCCCGUUACGUGUUAAAGAACUAGAACUCAAAAAAGAUGGUAUCAUUUUGGACGAUCUCGAGUUUCGUCUUAUAGUGCAAUAUUGUACGAAACGUACCAAAAAUGGUAAAGUGAUAUCUCGUACCAGCUCUUAUUCGGUAAUAAUCAAAAAGGAGGAUCAAAGAAUGAAGAGUGGAGAUAGAACAAUCGCUCACUAUACUACACGAAUCCAAAUAUCCAAAGAAAAGGCAUUUGAAAAGUUGGCAUGUAUCCUUCUGGGUGGAAGGAAUACAGUAUACGUGAAAAGAAUGGAAAUAACCAAGAGAUAUCCGGUAGAUAUAGGAUGGCCUGCAAACUUUGAAGUGGCUGUGGACACGUUGAUUGCGAAACACCACACUUUUGAAAAUGUCCUGCCCAUUGUAUCGGAUGCAUCCCCACUGGAAUAUUUGGAGUCAAAGUUUUCAAAGUUGGAGUCAUUCGAUAACGAGCUCGUCAAAAGAGCUGAACACCUCUUCAUCAAUUACAUCGAUAAGAGUUGGUAUCCGAAACUGGCAACUCUUCGCAACAAGGCGACUUAUUUUUUUAACUCGUUGUUGCCAAAAGAAGUGAUUAUCAAUAUUGUCAAAAAAUGGAAAGAAGAAGGGAAAGAGAUUGGAACAUAUUUCAACAUUGCACAUGUUCUGUAUAAUAUAGAGGAUGAAGAGGAUAUCAUGGAUGCUCUAAAGAAUCGAUUCGGAGGGAUAAAUGGUACGAAGUUUUGGCAUGCGCCAAGUCGGGACAUAAUAGACCCCGAUCUAGUCUAUGUUCCAAUGAACACAUCGUCCAGAAUCGUCAUUCACAAAGGUCUCCGACUGGUUAUUGGUGUGGAAGCAGUUCCCAAAUAA